CUACACGUUCCGCCCAUGUUCAACCCCUCACGUGGUGUCCAAAUACAGCGAUAUAAUUAUAUAUUCACACAUCUAAUAUUGUUAUUUUGAACUCAUGUCGUCGGGGUCAUCGCCAGUGCUGCUGGUGGGAAUCAGCGGGCCGUCCUCAUCAGGCAAGACUACGCUCUCCCGCCUUCUACGCGACAUUUUCCCCAAGACAUUCAUCCUGCAUCUUGACGACUUCUACCUCACCGAUGCCGAAAUCCCUGUGAGGGAUGGCAUACAAGAUUGGGAUUGUAUCGAAUCGUUGAAUCUCAAGGACUUGCGAGAGGCCCUAUCAUACAUCAAAGAGCAUGGGAAGUCCCCACCAUCGCUCGUCUCCAAGGAGGACCAAAAUUCAGUGGGCGAACACGGAGUUCCCGAAGACGUGAUCAAAGAGCUUAGAAGCGAGGUCCAACAUCUCGUUGGCGAAAAGAAUUGGGACACACCUAUUGCAAUCGUGGACGGGUUCUUACUUUUCUCUGAGGAGAUGAAGGAGAUCAGAGAAAUGUUCGAUGCUAGACUCUUCCUGCGCACUUCAUACGACACUGCAAAGCGAAGGAGAGAGGCUCGAAGUGGGUAUGUGACGCUCGAAGGAUUUUGGGCAGAUCCGCCAGGAUACGUGGAUCAGAUCGUCUGGCCAAAUUAUGUCAAAGACCAUAAGUUCUUGUUCAAUGGCGAAGACGUGCAUGCGGAUUUAGACGAGCGAGUUUGUCAAAAUCUUGACAUCAAGGGAAUGCCUAGGGAGGCAGAGCAGAACAUGAGUAAUUGUGUGCAAUGGGGAGCAAGGGUGCUUGAAGAUAGAAUAAAGCAGAUAUGAUAAGAGGAAAAGACCCGCAAUAGAUGGCUUGCUCGCUCAUCGCCACGCGGGUAUGGAUUGUAUUAGACUACAUAGACCAAGGCACUCCCAAGACUCCCAAUAAGAGGGUCGCCGCCAAAUGAAUUCAUUGCG